CAAUUAUUUUGAUUGUGCAUUGUCGCUUUGUUUAGUCUGAAUGUUAGCAAUUCCAAGUCUCAGUAAUGUUGAAUUGUUAUUUUGAAAUCUAUUAACAUGAUGUUAUUUACAUCCUUAUUAUUCACCAUUCAUAUUAUUAGUUCAACAGUGGAAAGUCUGCAAUGCCCCCAUAGGUGCGAUUCGAAGGAAGAAAGGGACCAAACCGAACUUUGUGUUAAAAUGGAACCGCUGCAAGGACCAGCAACUUAUAUUCCAAUGUUUGCAUGCGCGAUGAUGGAUUUCCAAUGUCAAGUAGGGGAAAAAGCUAAACUGUCAAGUGUUGAAAAGUCAAAGUGUACCCUCCCGAUAAGAGUGAAAAGAGAGGCUCCUGUUGCAAACAAUGUCGAGGAAGAUUACCAAGUUACAGAAAACAUGAAAAGUCAAAAAGAAGAGUGCCCUGACGAAUGUCCUAAAACCAGCGAUAUGGUGUGCGCGCGUUGCAACCACGGCAUCUACCGGUCCUUCCUCAGUGAAUGCCACAUACGGAUGUACCAGUGCCGGCAUCCAGCUGAUAGACUAGAGUUGGUCUCGCGACAUUCGUGCUACGAUUCAGCACCGUACAUAAUGGAUGGAAACCGACCCCAUCAGGAUGUCAAAGAAGCGCUGCAUGACGUGGACAAGGAUGCAAAGAAUAAGGUUGCUCUGGCCGGUAUGUUACAUGAAAGUGAUUUUUGGCCAGGCCACUACCGAAGACCUCGAACGCCAAAACCAACAGUUGACGUAACAUGGCCGUCAAGACGUACGAGGCCGAAAUCUACACCAAAAAUGCCGCGGUUAACUAGUAAACCCCGCAUCGAGAGGCCCACUACUAAGGGUACCACUACGAAGAGUACCACUACGAAGAGUACCACUACGAAGAGUACCACUACCACUACACAAGCUACCACCACCGAUCCGUCACAAUCGAACGAAGAUAAUGGUGACGUGGAAAGAAUAGACGUAGAUAUAUGUCCAGACGACGAAGACCAAGAAACUGCUAUCGAAGUGCCAGAUGCCUGCACCAACGUUAGCAACGAAACGAUAUCUAGUUCAGACUACAUGAAAGUAGAUUUGCAUCCAGACUUCAUAGAAGACGGGUCCCCUGUGUGGAUGGUGUACGGCGGAGGCAAGAAGAUAACGUCAAAAAUACGGGCCGACGCCGGCCUCGUGGUGGGGUGCAAGGCCUACGCAGGCCUUGACUUCUCUGGAAACGUUGUUGUCAGGAAUAAACAUGACAAUGACUUUAUAGGAAUUGUAUUCGGCUAUCGCAGCAACAGUCAAUUUUACUUAGUGUCAUGGAAAGCGAAAUCAGAGAAGUACUGGAUAGGCUGGCCUUCCGUGGUGAAAGCAGAUGCGGGGCUGCAUAUUAAGCUGGUCAACUCGUCGACGGGCCCCGGCGCCUAUCUGAGGAACGCGCUUUACAGUACCGAGUCGGUUAAAGAUCAGGUGAAACUCCUUUGGCAAGACCCAGACAAACAAGGCUGGAAGCACUUGCUAAUAUAUUCCUGGCAGCUCAUUCACCGGCCCCACAUCGGCCUCAUCCGUAUAAAGGUGUUCAGACUCGGCAAGCUCAUAGUGGACUCUGGAAACGUCUUCGAUAAAACUAUUAAAGGGGGCAGGAUUGGAGUCUAUGCGUUUUCUCAGGAAACUAUCGAGUGGCACAGAAUGAAAUUCGAAUGCAACGAUAAAAUACCGACGACCGUGAUGGAAGAACUACCUCCAGACUUACAAAAGAUAUCAGUCGUAGAUACUUCUUACACGUGGAAUAACAAAAGCGGGCCAAAAUAAAAUGAAUUAUUUAUUCAAAUAUUUUUAUUCGUAACUAU